GUAAUGUUUGCAUUUUCUGGGCUAGUCUCCUCUGGGCUAGCGCUGGCUCAGCCCGAUCCGUCAAUCAUCGAUUGAUUAAUUAUUACGGUUGAGUACCUCAACGUUUCAACCGCGCAACAACCAAGCUGCCCCCAGCCAACAAUUCCCAAUGGCAGCAGCUUUGGCCAGAAGUGCAAGAUGCCAAACGUGUCGUAACAGUAUUUUGCAAACGUUUGCCGCGCUUUCAGGGCUUGCAAUCUCACAAACAGCUCGCUUUCCGAUCAAGCCCCAAAUUAGGGGCUUCUCCGCUCCUCCAUGCUGGAGGACAGAGUCUUCAGACCGCAGUAUAAAUGCUGCGGCAACCGACAUGAAUCAAGAGGGUCAGCAAGUCAAAGACACACAUAAAGCAUCCCAAGCUGUGCCAUGGUAUUUACGAGUCGAAACCCAUGCCGAGGAGCCCCAUCCUGUGGCCAGACGACAAGAAAUACCGCCCGUCCCCGAAAACUCCCCCCCGAUUAUAAAAGAUUUAUUACAGAAUAUCUCGGUUGAGAUUGGCUUGGAUGACCUGGCUUUGCUUGACUUGCGAGCUCGGGAUCCGCCUUCCGCUCUGGGAGGCAAUGUCAUUAUGAUUAUUGGCACCGCACGAAGUUUAAAGCAUUUAAACGUUUCGGCCGAUCGCUUUUGUCGAUGGCUGAGGUCCGCAUACAAAAUGCGACCGAACGCCGAUGGACUGCUAGGUCGUAAUGAGCUUAAAAUCAAGCUUCGACGCAAGGCUCGUCGUGCCCGUAUUUCAGGUGGCUCUGGGGCAUCAGUCGCAAGUUCAGAUGACGGCAUCACUACAGGCUGGAUAUGUGUCAAUGUCGGCUUUGUGGAUGAUCCCGGUGCCAUUAAUAAGGUUAAGGAAGGCGUGUUUGAAGGCUUUGGUAAAACCCAAAGUGGUACGAGGGUGGUUGUGCAGAUGUUCACUGAAGAAAAAAGAGCGGACGUUGAUUUGGAGCAACUCUGGGCUCCAAAGCGGGAGAGUCAGAUUAAAAAGAUUGAAACACGCCUCGAGGGUUUAAAUGAGAAUUCUCAGGCAUUUCAAUCCGAUUCAAACUUACUGGGUCAUGAAAAUUCCAGCCGGCAAGGGUCGAACCCUUUCGUACCUUCGCCUACCAGAUCUUUUGGCCAAAGGAGAGAAUUCAGCACCGAUUCCAAACGUCAAAAGACUGUAUGGCCAGAUUUCAUUAUUAAUCUGGACAAGGAUGACUCGGAAGCAGUAAAUGGAAACAAGAACUUGGGUUUAUUACACUCAUAUAGACGAGAAAUUUACUCUUGUCCUACAAUAGAAAUGGCUAGAGGUCUGCUUGGAGAUGGCCCGGAUGAUCGUAUUUCCACUGAUUUUCUGCAGAGAUGUCACACUUUAGUCGAAGGGGAGCAUAGACUACAAUCAACAUUGCAACUGAUGUUGGCUGCUGCCGGGAUAAAUACUCGCCAUCCAACAUACUCGAAGGAAUACUUGUGGACAGUAUUCAUGGAACACACUGCUUCUGGAUUUGAAUUGGAUGAGUCACUGGCUUUUGAUAUCGCGAACUCAUUUCUCAGCCCUCGGUUGCCACGCGGAGAGCAGGUUCCAGCAGCGCUUCGAGAAUUUGACGUCGAAUCUGCAUUUCGUGUUCUUGAUUUCCUCUCUCUUCGAGGGACGCUUACGCUGGAAUACCGCAUGUUCAUUCUACUCUAUAGGGCCUUACUUACUGCUCCGUCAAACGAAGACGCCGAUGUUAUACUGCAGAAAUCUCGACGCAUCCGACAGGUCAUGGACACACUUCAUGGUGUUGUUGACUGGAACAUGCCCGAGUCCCAGAAAAUCAUGCAGUUGAGACUGCAAGUCAAAGAUACCGAAGGCUUCUGGGAAAUGUGGCACGCGAUACCCUUUACUAAAGGCACUAGAACGAGCGAGGAUUAUGAAGUUCUUUUCCGAACACACGCCAUUGUGGGCGAUCCUACUCUUGCGCGCCACUGCGUAGUGACAUGGUUACCCAUGAUGCAGCGGGAAGAGCCCCCGAUUGUACUAAACAGUGAUCUUAUCAGCGAUAUUGCAACUUGUAUAUACACCGCAGGGUACGACAACCUGGAUUUCAACCCGGAGCUGUCUACCGGAUGGUGGGACGAUAUUCGCCCGUCCAUCCUGAAGCAGUUGGAGGCCAUUUGGAAGGAAACGCCACGCGCUUAGCAAUUAUCUUGUUUGUAUUCUAUUUCACUCUUGUAUAUUAGACACCCACAACCUGUAACACCAGAAGCCAUAUGCACAUAUCACCUAUAGGCUAGAGCUCAACGUUUGUAUCAAGAGUAGGAAUAUUGAAUAAGGACAGUUAGGGCGCAGGUGGGUCACAUUCCGGCUGGACCUCGGCUUGCCCG